AUGCCUACGUACCUUUGGACGUUGCCUAUGUUUCACUGCAACGGAUGGUGCUUCACGUGGGGUGUGGCUAUCGUUGGUGGCACUAAUGUUUGCCUACGACGUUGCGAUCCUAAAGAUAUAUUUAAUAAUAUAGUCCUUCACAAGGUGACACAUAUGGAUGGAGCUCCAACUGUCUUGAACAUGAUUGUGAAUACUCCGGUGACUGAUCGGAAACCACUUCCACACGAAGUUAAGAUCGUAACCGGCGGUGCACCUCCACCUGCGUCAAUCAUCUCAAAGAUAGAGGAGCUAGGGUUUCGUGUAUCUCAUAUUUAUGGCCUCAGUGAAACGUAUGGUCCAGGAACUUUAUGUGUGUGGAAGCCCGAGUGGGAAAGGUUGCCUCGUGAAGAGCAAUUUAAGCUUCAAGCACGACAAGGAGUGAAAACUUUGGUGAUGGAGGAUGUCGAGGUAAAAGAUCCUGCAACAAUGGAGAGUGUAAAAUGUGAUGGGAAAUCGUUAGGGGAGGUUAUGUUUAGAGGGAAUGCAGUCAUGAGUGGAUACUUCAAGGAUCUGAGAGCAACCGAAGAGGCUUUUGCCGGAGGAUGGUUUCGAAGUGGUGAUCUUGCUGUUAAACAUCCCGACGGGAAUAUAGAAGUAAAGGAUAGGUCCAAAGAUAUUAUAAUCUCCGGUGGUGAAAAUAUAUGCACGAUCGAGGUGGAAACUGUGAUUUAUAGCCAUCCUGCAGUUCUGGAGGUUGCUGUCGUUGCACGUCCCGACGAUCAUUGGGGUCAAACUCCCUGUGCAUUUGUGAAGUUGAAGAAAGGUGUUGAUGUUGAUGCUCAAGAAAUUAUUCAGUAUUGUCGAGAUCGCAUGCCACAUUAUAUGGCACCUCGAACUAUUAUUUUUGACGAUUUGCCAAGAAAUGCAACUGGUGGCCAUUCGUUGGUUGAAGGUUACCGCCAGUUAGUGGUUGCUGGCAAUUUGGUUCUCUAUCUCUCUUUCUUUCGUUCAUCUCCAAUGGAAACAUUUGUUGAAGGUGGUAGUUCGUUGGUUGAAGGUUACCACUGGCUAGUGGUUGCAUCGGUUUGGUUCUCUACCGGCGACAUCGAUAGUUCGGUGGUUCAAGGUGGUGUUAAAGAACAUAUUUUCUUUGAUUAUUGUUAA